AUGGUGCCUCUAACCACCGUUGCUACGGUGCAUCUGGCCACCGUUGCUACGGUGCAUCUGGCCACCGUUGCUACGGUGCAUCUGGCCACCGUUGCUACGGUGCAUCUGGCCACCGUUGCUACGGUGCAUCUGGCCACCGUUGCUUUGGUGCCUCUAACCACCGUUGCUACGGUGCAUCUAACCACCGUUGCUACGGUGCAUCUGGCCACCGUUGCUAUGGUGCCUCUAACCACCGUUGCUACGGUGCAUCUGGCCACCGUUGCUACGGUGCAUCUAACCACCGUUGCUACGGUGUAUCUAACCACCGUUGCUACGGUGCAUCUGGCCACCGUUGCUACGGUGCAUCUGGCCACCGUUGCUACGGUGCAUCUGGCCACCGUUGCUACGGUGCAUCUGGCCACCGUUGCUACGGUGCAUCUGGCCACCGUUGCUUUGGUGCCUCUAACCACCGUUGCUACGGUGCAUCUAACCACCGUUGCUACGGUGCAUCUGGCCACCGUUGCUAUGGUGCCUCUAACCACCGUUGCUACGGUGCAUCUGGCCACCGUUGCUACGGUGCAUCUAACCACCGUUGCUACGGUGUAUCUAACCACCGUUGCUACGGUGUAUCUGGCCACCGUUGCUUUGGUGCCUCUAACCACCGUUGCUACGGUGCAUCUAACCACCGUUGCUACGGUGCAUCUGGCCACCGUUGCUAUGGUGCCUCUAACCACCGUUGCAACGGUGCAUCUGGCCACCGUUGCUAUGGUGCCUCUAACCACCGUUGCUACGGUGCAUCUAACCACCGUUGCUACGGUGUAUCUAACCACCGUUGCUACGGUGUAUCUGGCCACCGUUGCUUUGUUGCCUCUAACCACCGUUGCUACGGUGUAUCUAACCACCGUUGCUACGGUGCAUCUGGCCACCGUUGCUAUGGUGCCUCUAACCACCGUUGCUACGGUGCAUCUGGCCACCGUUGCUACGGUGCAUCUAACCACCGUUGCUACGGUGUAUCUAACCACCGUUGCUACGGUGCAUCCGGCCACCGUUGCUAUGGUGCUUCUAACCACCGUUGCUACGGUGCAUCUGGCCACCGUUGCUAUGGUGCCUCUAACCACCGUUGCUACGGUGUAUCUGGCCACCGUUGCUACGGUGUAUCUGGCCACCGUUGCUACGGGGGAAUUAAAAUUGAAGUUAAUCUGA